AUGUCUUCUACAGAAAAGCGACUUCUGAAGGAAUACCGUUCUGUUCAGAAAGAGCUGGCCGACAAAAGGUCGUCAAUUCACGACACGGGGAUUGUCGACCUACAUCCUUCCCAAGAUGGGCUUUUCAAGUGGAGCGCUCUGAUCAGAGGCCCAGAUCAGUCGCCAUUCGAAGACGCAUUGUGGCGACUAGAAAUCGAUAUCCCUACAAACUAUCCCCUGGACCCUCCACAAAUCAGGUUUGUGGUGUUUGGGGACGAGAAAAUUGGACAGCUGCAGGCAAAAGCUGGUGCCGGUGCGCGCAAAGUAUGCUAUAAGAUGCCCCAUCCAAAUAUCAACUUCAAGACAGGAGAGAUCUGUCUUGACAUAUUACAAAAGAAAUGGUCGCCCGCAUGGACUUUGCAAAGCGCACUGGUAGCGAUAGUUGUAUUGCUUGCAGAUCCAGAGCCUUUAAGUCCACUCAACAUUGACAUGGCUAACCUGCUAAAAUGUGAUGACACGAUAGCCUACAGAGACCUUGUGCGCUACUACAUUGCCAAAUACUCAGCAUACGAAUCGAAUGAUGUAUAA